AUGCCUUACCCUGAUGUUGAUUCUAUUUCUGCUUCAAACAAUCGCCUUAUCACGAAGGAGCUAGAUUAUGACAUACCGAUUAUAAAGAAAGAGUUUGAUGUCAAGGAUAAGAAAGGAGGUGUGUUUUUUGUGUAUGUAUAUGGUGAAACGGGUAAAACCUUUCUUUGGAAGACAAUAUCUGCAACAAUUAGAUGUAAAGGUGAGAUAGUUUUAAAUGUUGCUUUAAGUGGUAUCACAUCGUUAUUAUUGCCUGGAGGUAGGACAGCACACUCUCGGUUUAUAAUUCUGUUGAAUCUUACGGAGGGUUCUGUUUGUAAGAUACCGCCUGAUAGUGAACUCAGCAAAUUAGUAAGAAAAAGCUCAUUGAUUAUUUGUGAUGAAGCACCUAUGGUCCACAUGCAUGCAUUUGAAGCUUUAGAUCGAGCUCUGAAAGAUGUAUGUAAGUUUGAUAAGUCUAGCCACUCAAAAAUUCCAUUUGGAGGGAAAGCGAUUGUUUUUGGAGGAGACUUCAGACAAAUUCUACAUGUUGUUCAAGGAGGAGAUGGAAAAGUUGGUGGUUCAAAAGAUGGGGAAACGAUUAUUGAUGUUCUGGAUGAUAUUUUUAUUAAUGAUCCACAUGAUCCUAUAGGUUCGUUAAUUGAGUUUGUAUAUCCUUCAAUUUUGGAAAACUUCAACGUUACGGGUUAUUUUCAAGAAAGAGCUAUACUUGCUCCAAAAAAUGAAGUUGUCCAACUAAUAAAUGAUCGUUUGUUAUCAUUGUUUCCCGGAGACGAAGUAGAGUAUUUAAGUUCAGAUAAUCUCUGUCAAUCUGAGUUUGUUCAUGAUCAGUUUGAUGUCAAUUUAUACUCCACAUAUGUUUUAAAUGGUCUUAAAGUAUCAGGUUUUCCAAAUCACAAGUUAAUUUUAAAGGUCGGUGUUCCAAUUAUGUUACUAAAAAACAUUGAUCAGAAAAAUGGCUUACGUAACGGCUCUAGACUACAAGUCAAAUCUCUGGGCAAACGUGUUAUUGAGACAAUUAUCAUAUCUGGAAAGUUCAAAGUAGAGAAUGAUUGA